AUGAAAGCCGCACGGUACUACGGCAAAGAAGACAUCCAAAUCAAAGACGACAUCCCCAUCCCCGAAUGCGGCGAAGGCCAAGUCCUCAUCGAACCCGCAUACGUAGGAAUCUGCGGCACAGACCUCCACGAAUACAUGGGCGGACCCAAUUUCUCCCCAACCUCCCCACACCCCGUCACGAAAGAAUCCAUCCCCAUAACCAUCGGCCACGAAUUCAGCGGCACGAUCAAACGCCUCGGCCCCAACGUCUCCAACACCUCCCUGAAACCCGGCACCAAAGUCGCCAUCCAACCCACAAUCUACUGCGGCCGCUGCGGUGCCUGCAGCGUCAACGCCGAAAACGCCUGCCCGAACGGCGGUUUUGUAGGCCUCUCCGGAGGGGGAGGCGGUAUGAGCGAAGCCGUCGUCGUGCCGCAGGAGGCCGUCUUCCCGUUACCUCAGAAUGUCGAGUUGGAUGUCGGGGCGCUGGUCGAGCCGUUGGCGGUCGCGUGGCAUGCGGUUGAUGCGUCGCCUAUUGCAGACUUGAAAGAGCCGAAGUGUCUCGUGCUAGGCGGGGGCCCGAUCGGGUUGGCUGUUGUGCAGGUGUUGCUCGGGAGGGGCGCGCACACGGUGAUUUGCGCGGAGGUGGCGAGGAAGCGGCAGGAGUUUGCGGAGGCGUUUGGGGCACAUCAUGUUCUUGAUCCGUCCAAGGUGGAUUUGGCGAGUACGUGCCUGGAGAUUUGUGGGGGUUUGAAUGGGCCGGAUAUCGUGUUUGAUUGUGCGGGCGUGCCGAAGAGUUUGGAGACGGCUUGUCAGACUGUGCGGUCGAGAGGCACGGUGGUGAAUGUGGCGAUUUGGGAGAAGGAGGUCCCGUUCAACCCCAACUGGCUCGUCUUCCGCGAGGCCUCAUAUAAAGCCGUGCUGGGCUACCAGAAGAAGGACUUCCAAGGUGUUGUUGAUGCGUUAGCGGCGGGGAAGCUGAAGCCGCAUCGCAUGAUCACGAGCAAGAUCAAGAUGGAUAAGUUGGUCGAUGAUGGGUAUCUAGCGCUGAUCAACGAGAAGGAUAAGCAUGUGAAGAUCCUGGUCGAUGUGCAGGGGUCGUUGUAG